UGUUUUAUCAAGUUGUAAAUGAAUAUUACCAUAAUCAAGUGGAUAUGAUACGACCGGUGUAUAUAAUAGAGAGGAGGCCGAUAAGUGUGAUUAAAUUAUUCACUCGAAAUGCUCAUUUCAAAUCCAUACAUUCUAAAAAUCCAUAUAGAAUAUAUCGUGAAGAGAACUUGAAUAGUGAGACUGUACCGUUACUUCAUAGGCUUAGAACUUCUUUUGAAGUGUUUCAGCAAGGUAAGAAAUUCAGAAUAUCAAGUAAAUUGAUAUCUGAAUUCUAUAAGAAAGAGAAUAGCAUAUUCUUAGAGGAUGUUGUGUCAUUUCCUAAUAGCCUGGAUAAAGUGUUUAAAUUCAUAAUGUAUGCCUACAAAUCAUCACCAUCUAUGAGAGUGUUGAUAAUCGAUGAUUUAGUGGAAUUAAUACGACAGGAGAAGUAUGAUCAUAUUAUAACAAGUCUCAAGUUGUUGAUCGAAUUACAGUUGGCUCCUUUGAAUGUUAUAGAAGAAUUUGAAAAGGCUAAGUCACAAGAAAAUGAAGAGUUGAAAACAACUUUAGCCAAUUGCAUUGCCUUGCAAGCACUUACCGUACAAGAGCGUGUAUAUUCCACGUCUGUUGUUAACGAACUCGAGAAGAAUGGUAUUAUAUUUCCCAUAUCAACAAUCCAAAGAAUACUACAAAGUUUGACAGUUGGAUCAGGAGCUGCAGGAUUUUAUAAUUCGUAUGCUAUAAUUAAGACUUUACAAAGAUAUCAAAUUUCCAACUUCGAAGAAGAUUGUAUAUUUGAAGUAUUGCAAUAUCUUCUUCAGCAGAAAUCAAUUCUUUUUGUAAACAAGUGCUUUGAGUUGAUAAUAGAAGAUCAUUUAUUAUCAAAGUUAUUCCAAUCAGAUUCCAACGCUUAUAUUGAUAUCAUGAUGCAAGUUGUUAAUCAAAACUUAGAUUAUGGCUUCUAUGAGGUAGCAUUCAAGUAUUGGAAACGUAUCACAGCUGAAAUAGAAGAACCGGAAUCGAAGGUGGCUAUAAUAUAUGCUAAAUUGUUAAGAUUGCUGCCUGAUACAGCUUGGCUUGAGAAAGUAAUAAAAUCCAUGCAUAAUAAAGAAGUUGACUCGAUUGAGGUGACUGAUGUUCUUAUCGAAAAGUUGGGAACUAAUAAAUCUACUCACAAUGGAGAAUUACUUCACACAAUAACAAGUACUUUGGAAUCACCAUUACGAAGACUGACCCUCUCACUGUUGUUUAAAUCAUUCCUAUAUCAAAACAACGAGCAAGCUACUGAUAAAGUUCUUCAAUUGAUUUUUAAAUCAAAAGAUGGCCUUGAAAGUCAAGAUAUGGAUGCAAUGGUUAAAAAGUUACUCAAACAGGGUAAAGUGGAUCAAUGUAUCGAAAUGGCCAAAGCCUCUUCAAUUUCAGUUUCCAAAUUAGCAUAUGUCAAUAUAAUUCUGCAUAUUUUCCAAUAUGAAGAAGAUAUUUCAUUAAGGUACAAGUUUCUCGACGAAUACAGUAUAGAAGCUUUAAAAUUACCCAAGAGAGAUCAUUCAUUUACGCUAUUAACUAGUGAGAUUAUUAAGCUUUAUUCUUCUCGAAUCAGUAAUCGUGCUGCAAAGAAGAUGUAUUUGACUAUUCAUAACUUUGCUUCAAAACCGAUCAUUAAUGAAGAGGAUAAGUAUUAUUAUGUAUUUAAUUUCAAGAAAUUUGGCAUACCCAAUUCAUUUAAGGACUUAAUUACAAUGAAUCAAGAAUGUCGGAUAAAGUGUUUGGAUAUAAUUAUAAACAAGGCUUUGAUUGAAAAGGAUAUUGAUACUAUAUUAUGGGGUAUUGAUGAAAUGAGAUUUAUUGGUUUAGAUGUAAAGGAUAUCAUACCACACAUACGCUUGUGUGAUAAAGACAAGUUUAUAGAUUCGAUUUUAAAACCAGAAAUCCAUCAACAAUUGUAAAUAGUAGGAACUGGUUAUGUAUAUAUACAAGACAUUUAAUAGAU